CGCUCGGGUGGCGGACAGCACCAUCGCGUGGCGCUUGACCGCAGGGACAGCGACAGCGCAGAGCAGGGGUGCAGUGCCAUUCCCUGUCCCCAGGACGGGGAAUUACAGCCAGCACCCCCGUGCCUCAUUUCCCCCCACCGCAGCACCCUGCACCCCGCGGUGCUUGGCUCUGGGGGGACAGAGCAGCACCCACCGACACCCAGCACCCCGCAGAGCCACGGCCAGCUGCGGGCACAGCUGCUGUGUCCCCGUGGCAGCAGCUGGAGGACAGAAGGGGAAGGGUUUGGGGACAGACUGACACGGGGUACAGGGAUACCAUCAGAACGGUCUGGGGGCUCCUGGGGACAGCUGGUGGUGGCACACAGGUGACAGUGGGCUCUCAGCCCCAGGUCACCUGCUCACCGUGCAGGACACAGCCACCCCUGCUCCUCCUGAGAGCCCCUGCUCUGCCAGCCCAUCAGCCGUGCCCUUGCAGCUCUGCCAGGGCUGUGACCGUGCUGGUGACACCAACAGAGCCCAAACCUCCUCCCAGAGCUGUUAUUGCCAAGAGAGCCCCUCAGGGCUGCCUGCUCCGGAGGGGACCCGCCGCUGACCACAGUCGCCACCACCAGGGAGCCAGCGCCUGGGGCGGCGACGGGUGGCCGAGUCCCAGACCACGCUGGCCCCCUGCCCUGUCUGCUGCGAGGCUCCCUGGCACCUUGGGGACCGGACACACCUCUGGCUGGGCACAGCCAGGGGCUGGGGCUUUCCCUUUUUAGCUGCCUGGCUCGCAGGGACCGGCCACACGGCAGGACAGCGGCCAUGGAGAGGGCUCCAAACCUGCUUCUCCUCUGCAUCUUCACCUUCGCCAUGGUGCUGGUUCCCGAGGCCAAGGACCAGAGCAGGGCAGCCAAGGGCAGGAGAAGGGGCCUGGCCCGGGCACCCACAGCCCCCCCUGGCCUGGCCUGGGCCCCCGAUGAGCCCUACAGCAGCAUGGCAGAGUACGAGCACAGCAUCCAGGACAUGGUGCGCCAGCUGAGGAACGGCUCCGAGCCAGGGGACACCAAGUGCCAGCUGAACCUGAGGCUCUGGAGGUCCAACAGGAGGAGCCUGUCCCCCUGGGCCUACAGGAUAAACCACGACUCCACACGGAUCCCAGCAGACAUCCCCGAGGCCCGGUGCCUGUGCACUGGCUGCAUCAACCCCUUCACCCUGCAGGAGGACCGCAGCAUGGCCAGCAUCCCCAUCUACAGCCGGCUGCCCGUGCGCCGCCGCCUCUGCCCCCGCCCCGCCCCGCGGGCCCACGGCCCCUCGGGCAACAAGUGCCACAAGAAGUACCAGAUGGUGAUGGAGACCAUCGCUGUGGGCUGCACCUGCAUCUUCUGAGGCUGCCAAGCUUCCCCCUGCAGCUCCCUGUGGCUGUCUAACCAGCUUGCUCUUGCUUCCCCGGCUUGCCCAGCCCUUGGGAGAGGCCACCUGGCUGGGCAUCGGGGUGAGGGGAGGUCCCUGUGCAAGAGAUCCUCAAAAUUCCCCUGCAGACUGUCAGCCUCAGCUCCAGCAGCUGCCUUGGGGUCACCCAGUCCCAGACACUGACUGCCCCCAGCCCCCAGGAGGAGCUUGGCUAUGGGCUGGGGGAGACAGGGAGCCAUGGUCCCUCUGGCUGAGCAGGAUGAGGAUCAGGACCAGGACCAGGCCCCUUCCCUCCCCAAAGUCCCCACUUCCCUUUGUUUGCUCCAUUGCUGCAACAGCUCCAGCAAUACCCUGCCCUGUUGUCCUUCCCCCCUCCCAUCCUUCCCAGUCCUUCCCAGUCCUUUCCAGUCCUCCCCAGCCCUCCCCUGCCCUCCCCCAAGUUCCUCUGUGCCAGGCUGGGCAGUCCAAGGAGUGGGGAGAGCUGCUGGUGGUUUGGGCAUCUUCUGAGGUCUCAAUAAAGUGCAUUGCUGGCCCUGG